AUGUGGAACAUUACGUACGGAAUAUCUGUUGACUGUCGCUGUGUUAAGCAAAGACCACCAAGACUGAAGACCAGAGCACCAUUACAAUCUGUUAUCACUACCGCCCCCUUCGAGUUGGUUUCUAUCAAUUUCGUCCACCUUGAAAAGUCCAGUGGAGGGUACGAGUAUAUUCUUGUGAUUGUUGAUCACUUCACCAGGUAUGCACAAGCCUACCCGACCCGAAUUGAAACAAAGCGGCAAAGACUGUGGCUGAAAAGUUGUACAACGACUACAUCCUUCGCUUUGGGUUCCCAGCCAAAAUCCAUCAUGAUCAAGGUGGAGAAUUCGAGAACAAACUCCUCAAAACCCUGGAAGAAUUUUGCGGCAUUGGUCAUUGUCGUACCACACCUUAUCACCCUCAAGGAAACGGACUGGUAG